UGUUGUAUAUAUACAUUCACUUUGUACAUCUUUUAAGAAUAAGAAAAGCAGAAAAUUGUUUUUUAAAAAUUGUGUCACGGUAUCAAAGCCUUAGGCUCAGAUUUGGGUUCUCUUCUUUCAGCCUUCAUCACUGGUUUUGUUGCUCUGUUUUACUCUGUUUUCUAAAGACAAAACAAAGUAUUUCAUGUGUUCGUUUUACUAGCUUUCAUAGCUGGAUUUUUCCUCUAUUCUUCAUCAUUGGUGGUUUAUCUUUGUUUCUUGGCCUUAAUAGCCGAUUUCUUCUUGAUUCUCACUAGUCUUUCAGCAAGUUUUGAUUCGUGAAAAAUGUCAGAAGUUGUAGAAACAACUGCUACAGCACAGUCAAAGGAGGUCUUUCAAUCUCAACAAUCCGGAGAGUUGCAAAAUAUCUAGGCUGCCUAUAAAUUAAAUGGUAAAAACUAUCUCAAAUGGUCCCUAACUUGUUUGUACUAUGCUCAAAGGAAAGGGAAAGCUAAGUCACCUUAUGGGUACGGGGCCAAAACUGGGAUAUCCUAAGUUUGAUGCAUGGGGUGAAGAAGAUUCGAUAAUUAUGGCAUGGCUGUGGAAUUCAAUGGUUCCCGAGAUUAGUGACAUGUGUAUGUUCUUGGCUACUACUAAGGAUAUUUGGGAUGCAAUACAACAAACAUACUCAAAAGCAAGAGAUGCAGGUCAAGUAUAUGAGGUAAAGGUGAAAACGAUGGCUGCUAAACAAAGCAGUAAAACAGUUACAGAAUAUGCCAAUCAAUGGAAAAGUUUAUGGCAAGAACUGGAUCAUUAUAGGAUGAUAAAAACCAAAUGUUCUGAAGAUGCUGCUGUUCUAAAGGACUUCAUUAAGCAAGAUAGAGUUUAUGAUUUUCUUAUGGGGCUUAAUCCAGAAUUUGAUCAAGUGAGAAUCCAGAUUCUUGACAAGCAGGUAGUUUCAUGCUUUAAUGAAGUGGCAGCACUGGUUCGAGGGGAGGAAAGGAAAAGAGGACUUAUGCUCGAAUCACAAAUCACGGACAGCUCGGCUAUGGUAGCUAGGGGUGAAAAUAAUUCAACCAUAAACAUGGACAAAUCGUUAUUUCUUGAAAGUGGACAACCUGGACAACUAAAGAUCCCUGAUCGUGACAGUUUAUGGUGCACCUAUUGUAUGAAGGCACGCCAUUCUUGUAAGCGGUGUUGGAAGCUUCAUGGAAAACCUUCAAGCCAAGAGUGGAGACAUAAAAUAAGGAACAAUGGUCAGGUCCAUAUUGCGAAGACACAGCAGAACAAAGCAGCACCAAAGGAGUCGAAUGGUCUCAACCAAGAAGAGGUCGAGAGGCUGAGAUCUCUAAUUAGGAACCUCGACAAACCUUCAGGAUAAGGAUUCGGGGAAGAUGAUUGGACAUGCAAAAGAACAGGAUGGGCUCUAUUACCUUAAAGCACCGAGCCAGUCAAACAUUACCAAAGAUAGAUUACCUUCAUCUUUUAUUUGAGAACUUUAUUCAUCCAAUAAAGGUAAAGUUUGGCUUCACCACCGCCGACUUAGACAUCCAUCAUUUAGAGUCAUUAAUAUUUUGUUUCCAUUCUUAUUCCAAGGUAUAGAUGUUGAGAGCUUUCAUUGUGAAAUGUGUGAACUUGCUAAACACAAACGUGUGCCUUUUCCAUUAAGUAAUAAAAGAAGCUCUCUUCCUUUUUACCUUAUUUACAGUGAUAUUUGGGGUCCUUCUUCUAUUCUUAAUGUUUCUGGAGCAAAACGAUUUGUGUCAUUCAUUGAUGAUUGUACUCGUGUUACUUGGAUUUUCUUACUUAAACAUAAAUAUGAUGUUAGUACUAUCCUUCCAAAUUUUUAUUCCAUGAUUAAAAACCAAUUUGGAGUCAAUAUCAAAAGGUUUAGGACAGAUAAUGCCAUAGAUUAUUUCAAUCAAGUCCUAACUCCUUAUUUUCAAAAGAAAGAAAUAGUACAUGAGUCAUCCUUUGUCAACACACUACAAUAAAAUGG